CUUGUUGCAGCAAGCCUUGAAAAAGAAACUAAAGUUUUCGUUGGCUGGGAAAUAUAUUUUACAAACUACCAUAAUUUACAAUAGUUACAACACAUUUAAACAAUGGCUGAUGGAUUGAAUUUUACGAUGGGCGAUUUUCCGCCGGGUGCUAUAGAAUACUCAAGUACUGAGGCCAUGCCAAGUUCCUCGGAGUUCCCUCUACCAAGUGUCCUGAUGUCGGGCAUUAUGGUCCUUGGCCAGAUGAUAUGGUUUAGAUUGAGCUCUAAGUGGGGAACAGUGAACGGAAGAUCUAAAGCGGAAAUCUCGGAUUGUUCUGAAGAACUCUUCUCGCGUCAAAAGCAGCAAAUACGUCCAUUGAUUAAAAGUAUUUAAUUCUCGUGUCGUCAAUCGUAAAACACUGCUUUAUUUGGAUCUAUAAAGAAUAUACUUCUCAAGUGUA